UACUACAUGAAAGCUGAGAUGACAUCAUGCGUGAACCUUGUUGUGUCAUCGCGACCAUAAAAACGGGGUAGAAGAAAAAUAUUUCACUUUUAUUUGCAUAAAAUUAACGCUUUUUAUUCUAAAAAAAAACUUCAAAUGAAAUGAAACAUAUGUUUAUAAGUCGAAACGGUUCGUUUUAUGUAUUGUUAGUCUUUUUUUUUUACCACACUGUUUUCAAUCGUACAAAAAACACGAUUCGAUUGAAUGUCUUAGUUUUCUCCGCUGUUCAAAGUGUUAAGACGGUUCGAAAGGCCAAACACGCAACAAGUCAAGAAAGACAUGGGACACCGAGAUCCACACCGUUAAACGGCAAGAGAAUUGCGGCGUUCGAGUCAUUACCCGAAUGGGUGUCUGACUCCCGCUUUGCUAAACAUACGACAGCAGAAAGAAAAAAAAUCAUUUUACAAAAAAUAAAACAAGAGGAAGACCGAGUCAAACUUAAUGAAGCGUGGUGUGAAUUUCUUAUACAAGGGGUACAAAAAAAUGAAAAAGAAGAUGUUCAUUUUAUAAUUAAUCCUUUUCAAAUGUGUAAAAGAAAAAAGAACAGUAUGACACGUCAUGAGUCGUUACUGAACACCACCCAAUAUAUUCUUGAUUCUGAGACGGCUGACUAUUCGACACAGUCCUUUAUUGAUGUUUCACCAACAACGUUUCCAAAAGUGUCAUUAGAAAACACACUGGAUCAAAAACAGCAUAUCGUUGAGGCCUUCAGUCAAACAGUCGCAACAAAAAAAGGAAAUAUGGGCCUUGCCCUCAAACCGUAUCAACAUGAUUAUAUGCUUCAAUUUGGUCAGCCUGACUGGUCUGUUCGAGUUCAUCAUGCAGGAGAAGACAAAAUCACCGAGUUUUCAAGUGGUUUUCGUCCUUUUCAAAUGGAAGCUAUGACAAGCGGUUACACUGAUCAAGUGAGCGUCGGCGUAGGGUACGAAAAAUAUGGUGUUUUUGUGGAUCGCAGUAUUCAAGGAAAAUCAGUCACUGUGGCUGUUUUGUCUCCUAAACUCGAAACGACGACCAUGGCUGACUUUCAAGAUCAUCAAUACGGUCAACGUUUUCGAAUCAAGAAUUUCGAAAUCAAUUUACGUCACGAUUUUGAUGAAGCCGAACAUCCUGAUCCACAAGAAUACUCCACUGAAUUUCUAGUUGGAUACAAGGAUAAAGGUGUUAUGUUAGUCAGUGAUAUUCAUGAUAAAGUGUAUGGAUUCGGUGUUCACGUACGUGGACAUCAAAUAUCCUUAUUACAUGAUUUCGAUGAUUUCAUAACUCAAGUAGAGGCCAAAACAAAAAAAGGAUUUCAACUCACUCUGGGGUAUGAUUUACCAGAUAAGAAAAGUCAAGCUAUUUCCGCACAAGUGGGUAUAGGACGACCCAAAUCAGCCUUCGUUCAAAUCGGCGCUCAAGUCAACUCGGACGGUUUACCAGGUGUCACCAUCAAAUUUGGAAAGAAACAAUCGCACGUAUCGAUUGGAGUAAGAAACACUAACAAUAUAUCAACGAUCAAUUAUGCUGUUAAUUCCCCUACAUCUUCCUUAUCCAAUGCGUUCUCAGUGGAUUUGAAUCAUUUGAAACUUCCUGAACUUUUAGGCCACACACCAGAGUAUCUUAAUUCACUCGUUGAAUCCGUCAUGUUUCCUUUCAAAACCUCAAGCAACAAGAAGAAUACUACGCGUUUUCGACCGAUGCGCUGAUCGAACUUCAAACGUAUGGCGUCCACGACGUGUCUGAACAUGAGUUAACCAAUCUGUUGCUGAGUGUUAACAAAAUCGAUCCACGUCAUCAAUGAAGUAGGAAAACAUUUAAAUGAAAAGAUUGAAAUCGUCUUUCGGCUUGUUUCAUGACAAGUCACUUGAAAUCAACACCACUACAGUGCUUAUUGACAAACUCACACGGCACCGUUUUAACAACGAAAUUCCCAAUGUUUCUAUCGACGCGGAACUGUAACACCCCAAGUGUAUGUUCUUCGUUUCUUAGCAGCAUGAAACUAUGACAAUAACUUUAAAUCAUUUACAAAAACUUUACGGAUAAUUUCCAUUCACUAACAUACCGUCACAGAUUGUUCUAGAAACCAGUCUCGUUUCCUGAUAUCCACUCCAGAACAAGACGGGUUUCCACUGGACGAUUUUUUCUUCUUUUUGGCGUUUUCGAAAAAAAACCAUCUCUUCCUAUAACGAGUAAACAGGAGUAUGUGAUCAAAAAGCAUACUUGUACAACAUGUUUUUUAUAAAGUUUUUUUUUUAAAACGCAAAAAUGGCUACGAAAAAUGAAUGGUGGGUUACUCCACAAUGUCCCU